AUGUCUUUUAGAGAACUUCUCGACUCAGUGGCACGUUUGUCUCCAGCACGUCUUCUCGACUCUAUCCUAUCUCAGGAUUUUUUCGUAUGUGCGCAAGUAUUUGAAGAAACCUUCUUAGGUCGGUUCGUCAAUGAGAAGCUUGGCAGGAAUCUAGCAUCAGCUCAAGCUCAUUGCCGCUGGUGCGCAAGACUCUAUGAGGAAAUUCGGCUUCAGGAUGAGUGUCGUGGAAUGGACGAGUCUUCGUUAGCUGGACUUGACGUAAGGUACAUACUUGAUAACACCUCAUAUUUAGGCCUUAAUAUCCUACGUUUCCGUUUGUCAAGGUCUGAUCAACACAUGAGCGUUCCGGUAUGUGUGGUAAAAUUUGUAAUGGUAAGAAUUCCCGAAGAUCAGCAUGGAGAUAGCUCAGCCUUCGCACAUACAAUUCCUCGGGAAACUUCAUCAUCAUCAUGUCGUAAACUGGCCUCGCGAUGGAUUGAUGAUUGCAUGCAAAAUCAUUCAAAAUGCGGCGCAGAUAAAAUACAGUGGUUACCAUCUCGUCUUGUAGAUGUCGGGCUCGACAACGGUGAAGUAAAGCUUGUUGAAACGCAUAAGCUCUCCAAGAAUAGUUACUCGCCGUACUUCGCAUUGAGUCAUAGAUGGGGCACCGCCUCUGAUCAACCGUUUCGACUCUUGAGCGGCAAUAGAUUAGCAUUGAUGGAACAUAUUCCAAUAGACCAGCUUACUGCUUCUCUUCAAGACGCUAUUCAAUAUACUAGAGACAUGAAGGUUUCAUAUAUCUGGAUAGAUUCCAUGUGCAUUAUACAGGAUUCCAAAGAUGAUUGGAGCGCCGAGGCAGCGCUCAUGGAUAGAGUGUACGCGCAGUCGCUCUGUACCAUUGCUGCUUCCUAUGCUUCUAGUAUUGAGGGAAGUUCCAAUAAACGACUCUUUUAUACUCGCGACGAGAAUGACAGGAUCUUUAGGCCGCCAGUGUGCAAGACGCUCGCGGUAGGGGAUCACGAGGAAACUUAUCAGCUAUCACCAAAAUCUAGUUUGAUUCUUGAUAAUGAUGGUAAUUUUCCACUUUAUAAACGAGCUUGGGUCUUUCAAGAGCAAAUGUUAAGUCCCAGAACGAUACAUUUUGGUAAGCAGCUGCUUUGGGAAUGUAAAGAACAAAGGGCUUCCGAAACCUUCCCCUCCGGUAUACCUGUCGUACCUGAGAAUGGCAAUGAUGAUACAACCCGGCUACUGCCAGAACGCGGUGCGAAUUUGGUUGUCGACCCAAAAGAUUGGAAAUCAAGAUUGCGGGAGUCCCAAUAUAUCUUUUGGCGUAGCACUCUUGAGCAAUAUUUAAGCUGCUCUCUCACCUAUCAAUCCGAUAAACUCGUGGCAUUUGGCGCAAUAGCCCGAGAAUAUCAGGAACAACUUGACUAUGUCUAUCUUGCAGGUCUAUGGAAGAAUCAAUUACCCUUCUGUUUGAUCUGGGCUUUUGAAAAAGGUUCUUCAUUUCCCACAAGACCAAAAGUAUAUCGCUGCGGUGUCUCUGAAGUAAGGCCAACGACGUCUUAUCUUGACAUUGAAGUACACGCUUAUGACUUAGAUAACACCAAAUUCGAGCGAGUGGGUCUUGUGACUUUCAGAUCUAAUAAGUCAACAUUUGCUAAAGAACAUGAAGCAAUGUCGAAUUUUGUUCUCGCAGAUGACCCUCUCUCAGGUGUACUUGAUACUAUAACAAUAGUAUAG